AAUCUAUUCGAUCCAUAUCACACACACGCCGCGAAUUACGAUUAUUAGCCAACUACUAACUUCUCUCUCUCUCGUAAAUAUGGUGUUCCUUAACUUGCUGACAUUUGGCCUAUGGGGAAAGCUCGGACGACUCACUCACUACGCCGUAGAUGCGGUUCUCAUCUCGACCAUCCUCGCCGGCAUGAGGCGGUCAACCGGUCUGACUUUCAACACUGAGCGCGUAUCCGUCGGCGGAGACAAAGAAGCAAACAAGUGGAUAGACAAGUACCUCGGAGUCGGCGAGUGGGUGAUGGAUCAAUCCGUCGCGAUAGCUGGAUCAAGCGGUUGGUUCCACCGGACUCGAUAAAUUGUCGCGACAGGUUUCGGACAGGCAAGAUAGCUGGGGAUAUAUGUAUGGCACACGAUAGCGGGAGAUCGAUCCUCAACAAGUCGCUCCAUCAUGACUGUCAUCGUCAU